AUGAAUCCUUCAUUUCUUUUGAAAUUCUUCUUACUACAUAUUGUUCUUUUCUUUGGCUUUCUUGGUGCAACUGAACCUCAACUAACACUUGAUUACUAUGCAUCAACUUGUCCUACUGUGUUUGAUAUUGUUAGAAAGGAAAUGGAAUGUUCAGUUCUUUCUAAUCCCCGUAACGCCGCUUCCAUUCUCCGGCUUCACUUCCAUGACUGCUUUAUUCAGGGAUGCGAUGGAUCGAUCUUGCUCGAUGAUACAAUCACGCUCAAAAGUGAAAAGACAGCAGCUGCCAACAUCCACUCUUUAAAAGGCUUUGGAAUUAUAGAUCAAAUCAAGAACUUUGUUGAAUCUGAGUGCCCGGGAGUUGUUUCUUGUGCUGAUAUUCUCACAAUUGCAGCUAGAGAUGCUGUCAUUCUGGUUGGUGGACCAUACUGGGAUGUUCCUGUUGGAAGAAAGGAUUCUGUGACUGCAAGUUUUGAACUUACUGACACCAAUCUUCCAACUUCUGAUGAGAGCCUUGUCUCUAUCAUUCCCAAGUUUCUUUAUCAAGGCCUAUCAGUUACAGAUAUGGUUGCUCUUGUAGGAUCACACACCAUUGGUAUGGCAAGGUGUCAGAAUUUUCGAUCAAGAAUAUAUGGAGACUACGAAUCAACUUCAGCGAAAAAUCCAAUCUCGGAUAAUCAGUUCAACAACCUUAAAUCUAUUUGUCCACCAAAUGGAGGAGGAAAGAAUAACAUAACAGCAAUGGACUACGUUACGCCUAAUCUCUUCGACAACUCUUUUUACCAGUUACUGUUAAAAGGCGAGGGAGUUCUUAACUCUGAUCAAGAAAUGUACUCGAGUGUGUUUGGAAUCGCAACAAGAGAGCUUGUGAAGAAGUAUGCAGCGGACUCUUUGGCUUUCUUCCAGCAAUUCUCUGAUUCAAUGGUCAAAAUGGGAAAUAUCACUAAUUCAGAGAGCUUUGUAACUGGAGAAGUUAGGAAAAACUGCAGAUUUGUCAACACAUAA